AUGUUCGAGAUCCUCGCCGACGCCGCAGCCAUGACGGGAGAGCAGAAGUGCAAGGGCGUGCUACUGUACUGCUCUAAGAAGAGCGACUUUAGGACCCGAAGCUCUGCCAGGAAGCUGCGCGAGUACGUUGAGGAGUAUCGGAAGCAGCGCAAGAUACGCGACCUGGAAGACUUCAGGAAGUAUAUGCUGGGGUUCGUGGUUCGGGCUGGUGACUUGGUAGAGCAGAACAGGAUGACCGAAGCUGAGCACGACCUACUCUUCUACCAAGGGCUGACGACCGCGAUCAGACAGGCGAUCAAGCCUGACUCUGUGGAUAACGUCGACUAUUUCUCUGACUCGGACGACGACUCGGAAUCCGACAGCGGUGGCGGGGACAGAGCACAGACCGAUGUGCUAUUGAAAGCGAUGACCAAUUUCACGGACUUCCUCGAGAAAGUCACACUGCUCUUACCGCAAGGCACAACAUCGGCGCCCCAACAAACGACGGCCGGCUCGGCAAUGAGUGCUACGACGCGCGUAGAGCAAUUGGGACAGUACGCGCGGUCGUGCUACAUGUGCGGGAAGGAGGAGGGUAAGGACCUUGACCACAGGCUGGGAAUGGGAUACUGCCACCAUACGACGAAGUGGUUGGCGGAUGGUACAUUGGUAUACAGUCCGCAGGGAAGACUGACCUUUGCAGAUGGUACGGAGCUGCCAAAUGGGCGCAGCAACCCUGGCGGGAUCGCCGCGAUACUUCAGCAGCAAAUUGAACAGCACAACUCGCGACUCGCCGGAGAGCGUGUCGCGUAA